ACCGGCGCUCACCAACUGCAAUUCGCAAAAAAAAGCUCGGCUGCGUCUGGCUAAGCGGAGCCAAAAAAAAAACUCCCACUUGAAGUGCAGCUUGUACAAGGAAUUUAAAGUCUCAUUGUUUUCAAAAACAUAGUGCAAGUGUUAUACAAAAAAACAAUUAAUUAAACCACUCAAUGUCAAGGAAUUAGACCUGGUUUAUAGUGCAUUGAUAGUGUAAAUUAUUAAUUUCUUUGCAACACCAUGGAGGCAACUGGCGAAUCAAAGAAACCAUUCAAAGUCAAGGACGUCACGCGGAACAUUAAGAAGGCUGUCUGCGCCUCCAGCCUGGAGGAGAUACGCAACAAGGUGGCGGAAAAGUUCGAGAAGUGCGACCACCUGCCCACCAUCCACCUGGACUCCGAUGGCACGGAGAUCGACGACGAGGAGUACUUCCGCACCCUGGACGAGAACACGGAGCUGGUGGCCGUGUUUCCCGGCGAGCACUGGAUCGAUCCAACACAUUACGUGACCAUAACCACUCCACACGGCACAGACGGCCCGACCGGAAACGGAGACUCCUCCGCCGGAGGCGUGGGGGCAGGAGACACCACGGAUGCCAGCAACUCGGAGUCGGCUCGCAUCCGCCAGCUGGUGGGCCAGUUGCAGCACAACCUGUGCAACGUUUCCGUCAUGAACGAUGCCGACUUGGACUCGCUGUCCAACAUGGAUCCCAAUUCGCUGGUGGACAUAACCGGAAAGGAGUUCAUGGAGCAGUUGAAGGAUGCGGGAAGACCCCUUUGUGCCAAACGAAAUGCCGAAGAUCGCUUGAAUCUCUUGAAGUUACUGAAGGCCGGUGCCAUCUUCUGCUCGGAGCGGUAUCCGGAGGACGCGGAGGCCAUUGAUCGGGAGAUUGGACGCCAGCUGAACGAGGCGGAGAACGGACAGAUGAGCAGCAUCACCACCAGCAACACCCGCACCAUCGAGGUGGUGCAGUGCGACAAUCAGAACACGACGAUAACCAUUACGGUGGGCGAGGCCACCAGCACCUGCGCCACCACCAAUGGCACCACCACGGUGGUGACCAGCGCUGCCGAGGUGGCCGCCAACGAGGCCAACGCCAAUCCGAGUGGCAACGGCAACGCCAACGGCGACAUCUGACUGCCCAUCCUGGGCAGCCUGAGGUGAAGUCUGCCGGCCAGGGAUUAGAGCUAAGAGGAGGUUAUUCUGAGGAGGAAGAUCAGUCCUGCAACAUUGGGUUAACAUACAACGUAUUUGUAGCAUGUAAUUAGGCACUGUGUCACAAAUCUAAAAUCGAAACGAAGACAGAAUCAAUCGAUACCAUGCUUGUUAGUAUCUAAGAGCAAAUGAAAGUUAACGAACAUUACACGUACUAGAAUUAAAAGUCGGCAUAUUAAGGCAUAUGAAGAGCUCACCCAUUGCCGAAGAGUCGAAGAGUGUUUUAGCAACCACAGAGGAUGAAUCAUAUUACGAAAUCUAUAUACACAGGAAGCAACACGAAAUCGUUAUUAGCAGAAGCAGAUAGAUGAAUCAAUAAUCAAAGUUUAGUGUCAUAAGUAUUAUACCGAAGAUGUAUCGAUGAUUUAGGCAACAACCACCAAUGUGAGUGUGAACCCCGAAAUGAAACCCAAACCUGGAUCUGUGGAUCUGUGGAUCUGUAUCUGUGCUGGAUAUACAUACAUAGUUGAGUUGCUUGUCGAGUAGAGGACUAUGUUUAGUAGGUAAUUCAAUGGAGACGCACAUCAAAAAUUGUUUUUAGACCAAUGCCAUUGUGAAUGUCAUUUGUUAAAAGGCCAAUUGAGACUGACUGUAUUUAUGUGUAUGUGUAAUAGGUUUUUUUGUGUGCGGUAUUGGCUUGAGCGGUAUGAGAUACAGCGGCAUCCCCCUGCCCCUGUCCCUGUCCCACUGCCCGGCCCCCGCCAAAUCCCUGACUCUAAUAGCUAAAUGAAUUUAAGCAAACAGCGAACAUUGUUAGCAAAUUAAACAAUAAAUGAAUAACACAC